AGAGGGAGUGUGUAAAUCUGACGUUUCGUUAUCAUUCUUUGAAUUGUCUUCGAUGUUACGAGUUUUGAUAUACUUUGAUCAUCGUGUCGUCGCGCGUGAUCGUUGAUAUUUAUUGGUUAUGUUCAUCGCAUCGCGUGUUUUCUUUCGCCGGUAGUGUUAGGAGUGCGAUAUAAACAGUGCGUUUUUCGAAUCGUUUUUGUAAGUGUAUCGAUUGUGUCGCGUGCUUUUCGAUAAUCUGUUCUCAAAGAUUCGACGACAAUAGUUUGAAAAAUUGUUUCAUUCGAGAUUUGAUAAAAAGAAGAAUCGAAAAAGAUAGAGGAGGACAGAAACGGACUAUUUAACACGCUCCUAAUAAUAGCCAGUGCGCGUUCGUACGCGAGUAUACUAAGCGCCUAUAAAUACACACCUACCACGGCCCGCGGAAACACGAGCCCGUGGAUUUCACGGUGCAACCUGCCACGAAGAGAUAGAAAAGACGCGAAGUCGAAGGGAAAAGAGGGAGGAUAAUCUUGAAGGAGGGCGCACCUGGCGCUCUAAGAGAAACUUGCCAUAAUCGGAUCUAGUCGGAGGCAGUAACGCAAGAUAAUCGCGCAACACACGCGAGAUGAGGAAACUAUAGAAAAAGAUAAACGUGCCAGAGAAAGAGAAAGAGAGAGACAGUGAAUCGACCCACUGGCUGCUGGUUACAUAUCAGCCUCUGAAAGCAGAUUAGAGAAUAACCUGCAGCUGGAGUGUGAGAUUUUAUUAUUCCACGGAGUGUAUCCUUUCUUUUACUCUCGUAACACGAGAAACGUCUCGUUGGAAUUCGUCGGCAGCCGAGCUUGCAGCAAGUCUACCAGCAGUAGACUAAAAAUAUCCCCUUCCUGCAUAUUCUGACGCGUUUAUACCGUCACAAGUGUGGCGCGUUCUUCCUUUGUGUUGCUGUUAUAAACUCUUCAACUCUCUGCUUUCUCUCUGUGCUCAAAAGUACACGACCACUUUAUUUCAUUGACUACGCGUCAAUUUUGUCUGAUCGAAAGAGAAAAUCUCUAUAACAAUAUAGUUUUUCCAACUAUAUAUCUGGACACUAGCGAACAACGUGUUCGUUCAUUGAUUCGACUACGGUGAAAACGCACCAAGAGAAAGAUGCCUCGCAGAAAAUUAUAUGUGAAAGAGCAUCGUGGAUGACUAUCGAAAGGUAUGAAGAUCGUUGAUAAAUUCAUUACCGCCGGUGGCUCGUACGCAGCUGAAUAUCCGCCGUCGGAACGAUUCUCAAAAGAAUCAAGCUUCAUCCGUCGGCUAAACGACCAGUGGGCCGCGGAUUUUUUACAAGUGGUUAAUAAAAAAUAUAAUUCUAUCGCGUGGUAAGGAAAACGAAAAAAGAAUAAGAAAAUAGUGAGUGAAACGAAGUGCACGGAAGAAAAGUGGUCCACGGUGGAGGGUGGAGGGAACGGUGUACAAGGGGUCGCCGUGGGCCCCGGAGAUGAUGCGAUGAUGGCCUACGGAGGAACCACCGGAAACGGAGGUGCAAUGGGACCUUCUUCUGGUGGUACAGAUGUUUUGGGCUCGACCGGUGAUUAUAGUCCACAAGGGACACCGACACCACUCACGGGACAUACUGCCGGACCCGUUGAAGCAACUACCUACGGUCCUGGAACGGGACCAGCGAGUUAUAGCCCCCAAGACAGUCCUGCGAGCUCUGCCGGCGGCGGUAGCGGUAGUAAUGGACAGCUUCCCAGCUUCGGAUUUACGCAGGAACAAGUCGCCUGUGUUUGUGAGGUUCUCCAACAGGCAGGCUCUGUGGAGAGGCUUGGCAGGUUCCUGUGGUCCCUGCCGGCGUGCACUAGGUUGCAUCGUCACGAGAGUGUGCUGAAAGCUAAGGCGAUUGUCGCCUUCCAUCGGGGCCACUUCAAGGAACUGUACAGGAUUCUUGAGAGUCAUACAUUCAGUCCGCACAAUCAUCAGAAACUGCAAGCUCUCUGGCUCAAGGCUCAUUACAUAGAGGCCGAGAGAUUGAGAGGAAGGCCUUUGGGUGCAGUUGGAAAAUAUCGCGUUCGGCGUAAAUUUCCUCUGCCCCGUACUAUUUGGGAUGGCGAGGAGACGUCUUACUGCUUCAAGGAGAAAUCCAGAAGCGUUCUGAGGGAUUGGUACGCUACUAAUCCUUAUCCUUCGCCUCGUGAAAAGCGAGAAUUGGCAGAAAGCACGGGACUCACUACUACGCAAGUCAGCAACUGGUUCAAGAACCGGAGACAAAGGGAUCGUGCAGCUGAACAUAGUGGGCAACGGGAAGAUAAGACGCAUGGCGGAGGACUAGGUGAUUCGAGCAGCGAAAGUGGGGACGACACGAAGAGACAAGCUGUGAGCCAGCAACAGCAACAACAGCCGUCUUCUUGCGCUGUUCAGCAACAGCAGCAACAGCAACAGAUGGUGGAUCACCAACAGACGUCGGGCAUGUAUCAACUUCCUCCUCCGGUCUCGGUGUCCAGCCCUCACUCGUACCACCAAGGCCAUGGCUCGACCUUGAGUCAUCCUCACACGCCGACGCACCACAUGCAGCACCACGAUACCGGAAGCGAGAGCGGGGACGACAAACGAAACCUUCAUCAUCAGUUGCAACACCAUCUCCAGGUCGGUGCUCACGGUACUCAUGGCUUGGUACAUCCCACGGCGACCUUGCCACCACCGCCACCCAGCUGCGCCCAGCAGAAGAGCCAGUUGGACUAUAUGCAAUAUUAUGGUCCACAGGAUUACCUAAUCACACCGACCUCGGCGGAUCUACAAAAGUCGCUCCCGCACACAGCCACGUCGAUGCAGAUGGGUGCUAUAGCUCCUUCCAUGGGUGGGCUGAGCCCGAUGGGUCCAUCGACGAUGCUCCCGAACACGAUGCAAAGCGUGAACACGAUGAACACUAUGUCGAUGAACGGGAUUGGAAUGGGCGCGUACCAGGGAAUGGGUUCCAUGGGGAUGUCUACGUCCCACGGUAGUUUUCACAACGGGUUGGUGUUAGGCGAUUAUCACUCGUUGUGACCCUGGGCUCCGAGCAGUCAGAGCAAGAGAAAUCAAGAAAAAACUUAAGGAACGAAAAAGAAGAAUGACGUGGAAGAACGAAGGAAGAAACUAGUUUUUUUUUCUUUUCUUUUCUUUUUUUUUUUUUUUUUUUUUGGAUCUUUUCCUUUUGAUUCGCAAGGAAUCUUAUGAAAUCACUGUCUGUGAGAAUAAGAGAGAAAGAGAGUAUUAUUUUCGAGAUACACCUGGACUAAUUUACUUCGUCCAGCUUAUACUCGACAAAGAGUCUGUGCAAGAGUCUGCAAGGAGUUAUUAGUAAAUUAGGGAGAACGUUUUCUCGCUUUUUUGUGAUCGUACUAUUAAUAACACUGAUCGAAAACGUUCUCGAAUCGACGGACGAACUCUUCCGUACUCGAGGAUUGUAAUACUUAGGUGUAUACAUUUAUCGGGCAACAUCAGUUACGAUUUUUUCGUGGCGUCGAACGGAGAUUGGAAAUUGGUGAAAUCGUGUAUCACGGAAGCAUCUCGAAUAUAAUAUAAACGAAGCCGAACGAAAUCCUCCCUGAAUUUUCUCCUGGAAGGUUUCUAGGGACGUUUGCGGAACGUUGGAGUUCGGAUAAAGAGAAGUUUGGAAGAGAUUUUGAAAAAUCCUGGAACCGAAGCGGCCACAUCAUGCCUCGACUUUUUAAUCGCGACACACAACGCUCCAGACUUAACCAUCAUUUUUGAAACGAAGAAAGAAAGAAAAGGGAAAGUUCACUUGCACGUUGUACAUGUCCACCCACACACACAACACAACACACACAUAAGUAUACAUAACCGGCCACGAAUAUUGUCCUUCUAAUUUUUUAGCAAGGAACGAUACAUAUAUAUAUAUAAAAUACGAUUAACUACGAAUAAUAGAAAAAAAGGAGGAAAAUCGAGGCAGCGGGGGAACGCUUCCGGCGUGAAAAUAGCAAAAGACAUGUUAGCAUUUUCUUUUUCCUUAUUAUCCCAUAUCGCAAUUGCGACUCGACGCAAGACACAAAGUUCUUGUUAUACACUUUUAGAUACACAUACGCCACGUCGUAUAUUAUUCUCUUUUUUCUUUUUCGCGAAUCCAACAAACACCACAAUCCUCUAUUAUACCCAUUCUAAUCUCGUAGCGUACCGCCCGUACCCUAGGUCCUGAGAUGUAAGAGAAACACACGCAUACGUUAUUUACGGUUACCAGUAGUUCGGCUUAGAUGGUACAAGCCUCAGAAUCUUGCUGGAUCUUGACGAACGCCGUGUUAUAAUCUUCAAUUCGUUGAUUCUAAAGUAAUUGGAUGAUGGUGUUUCAUAUUCGAUGGUUCUUUUUAAAAAAAAGCACAUUAACAAAGGUAUUUUCUUUAUUUUUUUAUUAAAUAAUUUUUGUCGAAUGAAUAUUUAAAUUAAGUCAAUGAUUUCAAUGAUACACAAAAUUGAAUGUUUAAUAUUUUCUACAUUAGAAAUAUUUUGUUGCAGAAAAUUAAACUUGAAACGAUUCUUUGAUAAAUACUGCCACUAAUGAAACGUAUCCUGUAUCAUUAGAGUUUCCAAUAUAUUCCUAAAAUAUAUAAACUUCUCCGCAAAAAGAAAAGGAAAAAGUAAUUUAACAUUCAUUUUUCUUCAAUGCCGUGUUAUAAUCUUCAAUUCGUUGAUUCUAAAGCCUUUCUAAAGUAAUUGGAUGAUGAUGUUUCAUGUUCGGUAGUUCUUUUUAAAAAAAAGCACAUUAACAAAGGUAUUUUCUUUAUUUUUUUAUUAAAUAAUUUUUGUCGAAUGAAUAUUUAAAUUAUUUAAAUUAUUUAAGUCAAUGAUUUCAA